AUGUAUAUGUACUUGCCUAACGUCUCGCUUUGCUUGCCUACUGCCGCAAACGAACGAUUCACUGUCCUUGGCCCUGCGCAUACCGACUCCAUCGCCGCGCCACCGGCCCCACCGAUAAAGCAGUAUGGCACGGGCAGAAACACUGUGGCAAUCACACCCAGCACGGUCACGGUCCAGGCAAUGCCCAGCUUCUUAUACAAUGGGUUCGCGACAACAAUCAUGCCACCGGCAGAGGUUAGACGAAGCAUAUGGACGGUAGCCAAUGUGCUAGCAGCGUGGUACUUGAAUGCAUCGGCCACGUACUAA